AUGGCGAUGGAAGCGAUGCUGAGCGGGCUCAACUCCGGCGUGGUGCUGAGCCUGAUCGCCGUGCUGUGGACGGUGGUGUGGCAGAACCUGCAGCACCUGCAGCUGCAGCAGUUCUUCACGCGGCACCUGAGCCGGCACGCGCGGCGGCUGGCGGCGAUGGUGGACCCGUACCUGUCGGUGACCAUCGCCGAGUACGAGGGCGGGCGGAUGAAGCGCAGCGACGCGUACGAGGAGGUCAAGGCCUACCUCAGCGACGCCAGCGCCCGCGGCGUGCGCCACCUCCGGGCCGAGGGCGCCAAGGACGCCGACAAGCUCGUGCUCAGCAUGUCCGACGGCGAGGAGGUGGAGGACGAGUUCCAGGGCGCCAGGAUCUUCUGGGGGGCCUACUCCAAGCAGCCGCCGCGCUCGGACGGCGCCGCGGCGUUUUGGGGCGGCGGCGCCGCGCAGGAGGAGCGCCGCUUCUACCGCCUCUACUUCCUGGAGCUCCACCGGUCGCUGGUGCUGGACACCUACCUCCCGCGCGUCCGCCAGCUGGGCCGCGCCGUCAUGGUGAAGAACCGCCAGCGGAAGCUCUUCACCAACAUCUCCACCAGCCAGUGGAGCGACGGCGGGUACAUGAGGUCGGCGUGGAGCCACGUGGCGUUCGAGCACCCCAAGACGUUCGCCACGCUCGCCAUGGACCCCGUCGAGAAGAAAAGGAUCACGGACGACCUCGACAUGUUCAAGAACGGCAAGGACUACUACGGGCGCGUCGGCAAGGCGUGGAAGCGCGGGUACCUCCUGUACGGGCCCCCCGGGACGGGGAAGUCGGCCAUGAUCGCCGCCAUGGCCAACUACCUCGACUACGACAUCUACGACAUCGAGCUCACGUCCGUGCACUCCAACACCGACCUCCGCAAGCUCUUCAUCGAGACCACCAGCAAGUCCAUCAUCGUCAUCGAGGACAUCGACUGCUCCCUCGACCUCACCGGCGCGCGCAAGAAUAAAGCGGCGGAGGAUGACGACAAGGACAAGAAGGACGGCGGCCCCCCCUUCAGGGCCCCCGGCGAGAAAAAGGACACCAGCAGCAAGGUGACGCUGUCGGGCCUGCUCAACUUCAUCGACGGGCUGUGGUCGGCGUGCGGCGGCGAGCGGAUCAUCGUGUUCACCACCAACCACGUCGAGAAGCUGGACCCGGCGCUCAUCCGGAGGGGCCGCAUGGACAAGCACAUCGAGAUGUCCUACUGCGGCUUCGAGGCCUUCAAGUUCCUGGCCAAGACGUACCUCGACGUGGACUCGCACCCGCUGUUCGACGCCGUCGGCGAGCUGCUCCGGGAGGUGCAGAUUACGCCGGCCGACGUCGCCGAGAACCUCACGCCCAAGAGCCUCGACGACGGCCCGGACUCGUGCCUCGAGGACUUGGUGAAGGCGCUGGAAGAGGCCAAGGAGAAGAAGGCGAGCGGAGGGGAUGAACAGGACCAGCAAGAUGAGGAGGAACAACCUCACGCCCAAGAGCUUGGACGACGGCCCGGACCCAUGCCUUGCGGACUUGGUGAGGGCGCUGGGAGAGGCCAAGGAGAAGAAGGCGAGCGGAGGGGAUGA